AUGGUCACUAUCCGUGACAUCCUCCGAAACCCGACUUACACGGGCACCUACUACCGCUUCGGGCUUCGCCUGCCCAAGGUUCAUGAGGCGAUAAUCAGCCCUCAGCUAUUUCGCAGGGCACAGGACCAGACCAAGGCGCGACGACCGUCUUCAAGGUCGGUGAACACUGAACCUUUCCUUCUAUCCGGAUUAGCAUUCUGCGGCUACUGUGGCAAUAAAAUGAUGGGUGUCACGAGAAGGCAGUCUUGGCGCCGCAAGGACGGCAAUAGCGCGCGGGGCGUUUACCGAUACUACCAGUGCCAAAGCCGCAACAAUCAGAGCCUCUGUGGAUAUCACACUUGGCGUGCCCCUGUUCUGGAAUCCGCUGUCCUGUCGCACCUUCACGACUCGCUCAAUAGCGGCGGCGAUACGGCUGCUGCCAACAACGUACCGGAGCAGGCCAAUGUCAAGGUUCAAGAAAUAUGGGACAAGCGAAUCAAGAACGCCGAACGUCGCUUCCUCCUGAACCUGAAGCGUGCGGCGCGGGGUGAAUUUGGUCUCGGCGCUGUGCGAGACCAUCUCAGGCAGUUGGACAACGCGCGAACCAGUGCCACAACCUGGGAUCGCCACUGGGAUGUGCAGGACACAAUCGCAAACUGGGAUACCUUCAGCUUUGAGGAGCAACAGGCGUUCCUGCUCCUGCACAUCUCCAAGAUUGUGGUUCACGAUGAUUCGGUCGAAGUAUUAUCUUAG